CAGAGGCACGCAGCGCACACCGUGCAGCCAUUCGCAUCCUCGCCAUGGCAAUGGGGGGAGGAGGUGGUGGCAGUGCCCCGGAGCCGGAGGACUCGGUGCUAUUCCGGCGCGGCACGGGUCAGAGUGAUGAUUCUGACGUUUGGGAUGAUACAGCACUGAUAAAAGCUUAUGAUAAAGCUGUGGCUUCAUUCAAGCAUGCUCUAAAGAAUGGUGACAUUUCUGAAGCUUCAAAUAAACCAAAAGGCACACCUAAAAGAAAACCUGCUAAGAAGAAUAAAAACCAGAAAAAGAAUACUACGACUUCCUUGAAGCAGUGGAAAGUUGGUGACAGAUGUUCUGCCAUGUGGUCAGAAGACGGCUGCAUUUACCCAGCUACCAUUGCUUCGAUUGAUUUUAAGAGAGAAACCUGUGUUGUGGUUUACACUGGAUAUGGAAAUAGAGAGGAGCAAAAUCUGUUUGAUCUACUUUCCCCAACGUCUGAAGUCGCUAAUAAUAUAGAACAUAAUACUCAGGAGAAUGAAAAUGAAAGUCAGAUUUCAACAGAUGAAAGUGAGAACUCCUCCAGGUCUCCUGGAAAUAAACCAAAUAACUUCAAGCCGAAAGCUGCUCCGUGGAACUAUUUCCUCCCCCCACCGCCCCCCACACCACGAUCAGGACUGGGACCAGGAAAGUCAGGUCUGAAAUUUAAUGGCCCACCACCACCUCCACCUCCUCCACCUCCACCUCCACCGCACUUCCUCUCGUGCUGGCUGCCUCCGUUUCCUUCUGGACCACCAAUAAUUCCCCCACCACCUCCCAUAUGUCCAGAUUCUCUUGACGAUGAUGAUGCUUUGGGAAGCAUGUUAAUCUCUUGGUACAUGAGUGGCUACCACACCGGUUACUAUAUGGGUUUCAAACAAAAUCAAAAAGAAGGAAGAUGCUCGCAUUUUAAUUAAGGAGUAAUUCAUACGAUAUUCUUGAACAGGUGCAGCUCUCUCCCAAGGAGAAAAGAGUAUUUUGAUGUGCCCUGGUGGAUGUGACUGGUUUUCCAUCAUUUUCUUCAUGACCACUUGGCUGAGUGGCACGGUCAUCUGCAUUUGCCCUUGGAGUAUGUAACUCAUUCUUGAAUAAUCAGCUAGGUGUUUCUAGGGAAUAACCAGUUUGAAUAACUGAACAAUGGAAAUGUGAGUAAUUAAAAGAAACUCAAAGCACAUGUAAUACAGAAAAGUCAGUCUGUUCACACAUUUGUAUAUUGUAACUUUCUUAGUAUGUUAAGCUUUUUAUUAAUGCCUUUAAAAAAUAAAUGAUCAAUUUUUUUAA